AUAAAGUAUAUGUGUUAAUGAUGGCGUUUAAAAUAUUAGCAUUGUUACCAUUAAUUCUGGGACAAUGUUUUGCCGCAAAUAUAUUAGCGGUACUUUUCUUUCCCGGUGUAAGUCAUUUUCAAAUGUUUAAGCCUGUUUUGAAGGAACUGGCCCGAAGAGGACAUAGUGUUGAUGUGUAUAGUUCGUUUCCGUCGGAUGAGAAAAUUAAAGGAUAUACCGAUAUCGUACUCGAAAGCAGUGCCCCAAAGUUAACAAAUAAUGUCACAUUCCAAUAUUUAAAAAACCUUCAAGGUACCAUGUCAAUUAUCAACUUAUCAACUACCUUUGGAGCUAAAGCAUGUGAUGCCGUCUUCAAAUCAACACAAAUGCAGUAUCUCAAAAACUCUACCAAAAACUACGAUUUAGUUAUCACUCAACUAUUUAGCACUGAAUGUUUGUUGGGAUGGGGUUGGCAUUUUGGUGCACCCAACGUUGUUAUGACGUCCAGUGUUAAUUUACCAUGGAGUGCUUAUAUGUUUGGAAAUCCAGAUAAUCCUUCGUACAUACCAACUUAUUUGGCUAAAAGUGGAGUUGUGAUGAAUCUCUAUGAAAGAAUUGUGAAUACUUGGGAUCUGGUAAUGUCAAAAUUAAUUUAUUGGUGGUACAGUUCCUUGCCUUCAAAUCAAGUGGCCAAAGAAUUUUUCGGCCAAGAUAUGCCAGAUUUAGAUAUUUUAGCUCGAAAUAUCAGUUUACAACUAAUCAACACCCAUUUCAGCAUUCUGGGUGCCAUACCUUUGGUGCCCAAUAUAGUUGAAGUGGCUGGAUUGCACAUUCAACAACCCAAACCUGUAGACAAAUACUUUGAUGGAGUUUUAACUACUGAUAAAAAAGGCAUUAUAUAUUUUAAUACUGGAACUCUGAUAAAAUCAGAAACAUUCCCAAUCCAGACCACGCAAGCUAUAUUUGAUGCAUUUGCCCAGUUGCCUUAUAAAGUAAUUUGGAAAGCUACCAAGGAGAAUUUUCCAAAUGGUUUAAGUUUUCCGGAAAAUAUUCAUUUUGAAAAAUGGCUCCCACAACAAAACAUUUUGUGUGAUCCAAGAGUGAAACUAUUUGUCUCACACGGUGGUAUGUUUGGCACACAAGAAACCGUGUACUGUGGCGUUCCAAUACUGGGAAUACCCUAUUUUGCCGAUCAAUUUUUGAACAUCAAUCAAGCAGAGGCUGCUGGUUUUGCCAAAAUGCUGGAUUUCGAUAAUAUUUCAAAGGAAACUGUAUUAGAGGCGGCAAAGGAAUUAUUAGAUAAUCCAAAGUACCUUCAAAAAUCAAAAGAAAUCUCACACCAGUUUAAAGAUAGACCUUCAUCUGCCAUGGACACUGCCAUUUAUUGGAUAGAAUACGUAAUCAGACACAAAGGGGCACCUCAACUGCAAAGUCCCGCUAAAAAUCUGACAUGGUACCAGUAUUAUCUUCUGGAUGUAUUUAUUGUUGCAGUUGGAAUACCUUCAAUUUUAAUUAGUUUAUUUGUAAAAUUAAUUAGUAAAAUAGUUGGUUCUAAUGGUUCUAGAAGACAUAGAAAUAAGAAGGUUAAAACGAAAUAAGAACAUUUAAGGAGUUGUGAAUAAAAAAGAGCUUUUUUAAAUAAAUC